AUGAUAUUCGAUGGUCUAGAAACGUUCGAUAAAGUCUUAAUACCGUCUUUAGGAGGAGACGGUGACUUGAAGCGACUCGACAUAGACAACAGCGGCUCGACAUGGGUUCAGCGGCUCGACAUGGGUUCAGUGGUGCGAGAUGGCGGCAGCGGCUCGACAACAGCGGCUCGACAACAGCGGCUCGACAUGACGGCGGCUAGACAUGGAGUUCUGCGGCUCGACAUGGGCAGCGGCUCGACAAGCAGCGGCUCGACAUGGUUGUGGCUAUAG